GGUACUUAAACCUUAGGUGCAAUACUUAGCCCGCUAUCCGAAACAGCAAAAGAAGCGCCGGAAAUAGUACUAAGGUACCCUACAAUACAAUUGUGCUUUGCAGGUACAUCGCGUCUCCUUGAAACUCUUUCUAAAAGAAGGAACCGCCUGACCAUCGUAAUGCAAAGCCGUCCCUGCUAGACCACCUUUUGAUCGUACAUACUACUAGCAGUAGGUACAUAUUUGACCCACCACCUUCUUUUUCGCACACCUUCACCUCUUGACUUCUUAUUGUUACUGGACACUUUUCUCAUCAACACCGUCAACCUUUUCGUCGUUCCUAAAUCUUGCGACAUCGCAAUCCAUUCAGUUCUAUCAUCGACCUUCGAGAAGCAGGAAGCAUCUCACCACAGCAAAUCAAAACAACCUCAAUUCACUUCUAUCAACCAAACUAGUCUAGAUGGCUAGCCACGGCUAUUACAACCAAGACCCCAACCAGGGCUAUGGUUACCCUCAACAGCCUCCCCAGGCGUAUGGACCUCCUCAAGGACCCCCUCAAGGCCAGUACUACGGUCCUCCCCAAGGUCAGCCCCAGAUGCAGUACCAGCAGCAACCUCCACCACAGCAAAGGAAGCAGGGCGGCGGUGGCUGUCUCCAGGGCUGCUUGGCGGCAUUGUGCUGUUGUUUCGUGUGCGAGGAGGGAUGCGAGUGCUGCGCCGACUGCUGCGAAUGCUGCUUCGAGAUGUGUUAAGGUGUUUACAUCCCACUCGAUACGAUAAUGAUGCCUUGAGACAAUGGGGAUGACAUAUCGGCGGUUCUUUGACGAAGUCUGUUUUGGUAGGGGGGUUCGAAUAAUAUUGCCUGCCUGCUUACCUAGUAGGUACGGAGGCUGCUACCAUGACGGUGUCGACACUCACGAGGAAGAAAACUCAAUAGGAUGAUUUGGCUUUAGCAAUGGUAAUGUGAGCACCAUUACGGCGUCUCCACUACCAAUACAUUGAUUUUUCACUUCAGGGGUAAAAUGGGCUUUCGAGAUUACCUAGUUCAUGAUGAUACUGAACAAUACUUGUUGGUUUUAUGAUAUAAGGACAGAGCAUAGGCUGCUCGCUCGUCUUUACCAAUACACAAUUUUCUUCUGUCAUAAA